CCACCACUCUGCCUGAAGAGUGGUUCGGAGCAGUUGGGGUGGUGGUGUGUUGGAACGGUUGGCCUCGCCUUCCCCUUUCCGACCCUGCUUCCGCUUCCCUUCCCUUCCCGCUAUAUCAUCCCCACGCCUCCCCUGCCGCGCUAACCACCCCCACCGCGGCGACGCAUCAUCAUCCACUCCCCUCCCAAAACCACCACCUCAGCUCAGCUCAUUCCUCCCAGGCUCCCACCACUAGUACCACCUGAUCAACGACGACGACGACGAUGCCGCCGAGGCCGUGGCGACCGGUGCUGGCGUCGGCCACCAAGUGCUGCGCGGCGGAGGACGCGGCGGUGGCGCCCGACGGCCUGGCGCGCUGCCGCCCGCAGCAGUCGGAGCUCUCGCGCCGGCUGGCCUCCUUCCGGCGCCUCUCGUCGCUGGCCAACAGCCCGGCCUCGGGCGCCGCCGCCGGCAAGGGUGGCGGCGAGGCGGAGGCGGAGGCGGCGGCCGCCGGGGAGAUGGCGGGCCCGCUGCAGCUGCACUCGUUCGGGCUGGGCGAGCUCCGCGGCGUCACGCACGACUUCUCCGCCAGCUUCCUGCUGGGCGAGGGCGGCUUCGGCGCCGUGUACAAGGGCUUCGUCGACGCCGGCAUGCGCCCGGGCCUCGCCGCGCAGCCCGUCGCCGUGAAGCAGCUCAACGCCGGCGGGUUCCAGGGCCACCGCGAGUGGCUCGCCGAGGUCAUCUUCCUGGGCCAGUUCCGGCACCCGCACCUCGUCAGGCUGCUGGGCUACUGCUGCGAGGACGAGGAGCGCCUGCUCGUCUACGAGUUCAUGCCGCGCGGCAGCCUCGAGAACCACCUCUUCAGGAGGAUCUCGGCGACGCUGCCGUGGGGCACCCGGAUCAAGGUGGCCAUCGGCGCCGCCAAGGGGCUCGCCUUCCUCCACGCCGCUAGCACGCCCGUCAUCUACCGGGACUUCAAGGCCUCCAACAUCCUGCUCGACUCGGACUUCACGGCGAAGCUGUCCGACUUCGGGCUCGCCAAGAUGGGCCCCGAGGGCGAGGACACGCACGUGACGACGCGCGUGAUGGGCACCCACGGCUACGCGGCGCCGGAGUACGUGCAGACGGGCCACCUCAACUUGAAGAGCGACGUCUACAGCUUCGGCGUCGUGCUCCUGGAGCUCCUCACGGGCCGCCGCGCCAUGGAGCACGUCCGCGGCCGGAGCGCGCACGCCGAGCAGCAGGUCAAGCUCGUCGACUGGACCCGCCCUUACCUCAGCGGCGGCAGCCGCCGGCUGCGCUGCAUCAUGGACCAGCGCCUGGCGGGGCACUACUCCGUCAAGGGCGCGCGCGCCGUGGCGCAGCUCGCGGUGCAGUGCACGGCGCCGCAGCCGCGGGACCGGCCGCGCAUGGCAGCCGUCGUGGAGGCGCUCGAGCGGCUGCAGGGGCUCAAGGACAUGGCCGUCAGCGUCGGGCUCUGGCCCGCCGGCGCGCCCGUCGCCGGGAGGAACGCCAUCUCCGCCAAGAUCCGCGCCGAGGUCAAGAGCGCCGGCGUCAACGCCGGCUCGCGCCGGAGGAGCGCCUCCUCCAAGCUGCCAUGAUCGAAUUCGAAUCGCCAUCGCGUACUUGCAUUGUAUGAUCGCGCGCGCGCGGGUAUAUAGAAAGAUUUUACAGUUGGUUUAGUAUAUAUAUAGGCGCUGUAUGAGCAAAUUGAGCAUGAGAUGUGGUCACUGGUCAGGCAGGCGCAGAGGCAGAUGAGAUCACGCCCUGUAUCCUCCUCCAUGGCUGUACCAUCCAUACUGCUUUUGGAUUCAUCAUGAAGCGAUCGUUUUGAGAAUACGACGAUGGGAUCGAUGCA